AUGUUUUAAGAAAAUGUGUUUCGAAUAUUGUGGAGAACUUAAGAAUUAUUUUCAUAAUGUUAUUAAGGAACCAAUUGGAAAUCUCUAAACACAUAGUAUUAAAAAACAUUAAAGUAAAAUAUAUACCAGAAAGUUGAAAACAGUUAAUUUAAUACUUUUGAAUUCUCCCUUUUUUGUAAUCACGAGAAAUAAUUUUGUUUAAAAUAAAAUAGGGGAUUCUCCUAUUAAGGGUUUAUCCCAAUUAGAAUACAAUAAUAAAUAUUAAAUAAACAUGAAAAUUGUUGA